AUGUAAGUGCAGCCGGGGAAUUCCAGGAGCUCUCUAGCUCUGGAGAGGACGAUAUUCCCUCCCCAUCCCUCUCUUCCCUCCUCCUCCUCCUGUCGUCACGCCGGGACGCAUGCGGGAGAAGCUGAAUAACAGCUUAAACCCUGUCGCGGGGCUUCAUAAUCCUGGAAUGAGCUGCAGUAGCUGUGUUGCUCCAGAGGAUGCAAUAAGCAGUCAGGAGAGGGAAAUACUGCCCGUAAUCCUUCCCUGCAUGUCUUUCCUGCUGCCGACCACAGGAACAUGAAGGCUCUUUCUUUUCAGGUCCUCUUUGUGCUGUGGGUCUUGUGCCUGGUGACCCUGGCUGGAGGGCAACCCAAAGCACCUCUGAAGUGCUCAAUAGAGUGCAGCCAUUUCACAUCUCCGAUAGCAGCGAAGCGGAUAAGGAGCUACCGCAGGACCGAGCCCCGCUGCAGCAAACAAGCCAUCAUAUUUACUACUUUGAAGUCCAUGGAGAUUUGUGCAGAUCCAGAGGCAGAGUGGGUGAAGAAGAUAGUAGAGAAACUGGACCAGAAAAAGGCUGCAGCCUCCCCACUUCCCCGGGAUGCCACCCCAGCAGCGGCACCAGAAGGGCCUGGUGUGUUCCAGAAACACGUUGGUCUUACAGUAACAGCUCCAUCACAAGCCACUGCUCCAACUAGUUUCUUCCAAGGGACCAGCACAACAGUUUUGGAGAGAAUACAUGUUCCUGCUGCCAGGACAGAGGCGUCCAGCAAAUCCCCGCCAGCCAUGCAGGAAACCACCCAGCUCCCUGCAGGAUUGUCCCCUGUGAUCUGGGAAGGUGCUGCCCGCUCUGAAGUCACUCCAGAAGCAAACAGAGAUUCCUUAAAAUCUCCUGCACCGUCAACAACUUUUGCAGCAGGCAUGGUUUUCAGCCAGACCACCCCAUGUCCCACGGCCCUUGUGCAUGGCUUUGACAAGGCUGUGGGAUCUACAGAAGAACCUGUAGGACACACUGCAAAUGCUACGGCUGAUGUUCGAGAUUCGACCUCUCCUACUGCAAAUUCAAACCCCAUAGCUAUUACUGAAGGACCAGAACAUCCUGUACUUUCUCCAAAUGAAUCCCUGGACCCUAAAAGUGCAAGAGCCAACACAUCACAUACUGUGUCUAACAGUUUUAGUCCAGAUCUCCACUCCAUCCUAGACAGCAGGGAGAUUGCCACAGUCCCAGCCACACCAGUUCCGCCAGUGACUACUUCAGUUUCUACUCUAAACCCCACAACUGCCACAGGCGAAGGUCCUUCUGUCCGUAUCAACAAGGUUUCCAGUUCCUCUGCAGAUGCUUUUGGUACUAGAAUAGUUGAUUAUUUAUCAUCUAUAGGAAAGCAAGGUCCUUCAGAUAUGUUAGUUUUUACUAGCCAAACAUUCUCAGGCCAAGCCAGAACACAGAUGACUACAGAAAGACCAAGCAGUCUGCCUCUUCCUCGCUUCUUGUCAGGAUCUCAAAUGCAUUUUGUCAUCCCAGUUUCUCUGGUAGGUGGUCUGAUGGCUUGCAGUGUCGCUGCUGUAUGGCUGUAUCUAAAAUUUGGAAUCAAAAGAGAAGAAACGUCAAGGGAAAUGAUACAGGGCUUGCUCUACCAGAAGGCAGCAGAUCAAAACAAUCUCUUUCCAAUGGAAGUAAUCUGAGUGCUUUAUGGUAUAAACAUUUUUGGCCUAAACUAUAUGUGUGUUGCUGCAGGUGACCAGUAGGAAGCACAAAAUGGAACAAAAGUACCAGUGAAAACUGUGGUUUUUGCAGAGCAGAAUGUCCAGAAAUAUAUCUAAGUCAUCAUUGACCAAUUAUGGUAUUUUGGAAAUAAAUGAGAUGCUGCUUUUUUCUUUCUGGCACUGUUAGGUACAAAGGCUGUCGCUGUUCUAGAGCUGCUUGCUGGCUCUCUGCCAGGUGGUGGACAGAACUGAAUUUCCAAAUUCCUGCUGGGAAUUUUUCUGCGUUUCACCACAGCCCAGCCAAGCAGCCACCCACUCACCCCCACUGCUGGACGCUGAUUCAACCACCUUGAGCAAUCUUAACGCCAAAACCAUGCCAUUUGCACUUAACAAGUUCUCUGCUGCUCCUUUCUUUGCACUUGAGGUUGCUGCUUUGUCAGACCAAGACCAGUGCUGGUGGUCAGCGGGGUGAUGGCACGCCAUGGGCUGACCAAAUACCCAAUUCACUCUUGCCGGAGAAACAAAGGGUGGUCUAGCUUGUCAUACAGAGGCAACAAAAACUGUAUCUGGUUAGAAAACUGCAGGUCAGUGCUAACCGUUUCACAUUCAGAGGAGCUGGCAACCCGUAAUCGACCUCCUCCUUGAAAUCCAGCCCCCUUUUUCUGCAACGUCUGUCGGCACUGAGUAUGUUCUUCGUCACUCAAUUUUGUUAUUCCUGUGAUAACACUGGAGGGCUUUUGCUGUUCUCUGCAAACACAAAAUUCAGGAAAUACUCUUUUGGAAGAGCUAAAUGCAACUCUGGAUUUAGUCAUAUAGGAAUUACUCCACUGCAGCAGAUGUGCCGUCAUUCUGGUCCCAUAUUCUCUCUAGAAAGAAGCACAUUUGCCGAUCAACAAAAGAUUACAAAAUGUCUGUUCAUGGUCCUGCACUUCAGCUGCAUUUUAGUUUUUCUUUUAUGUAGAGCACUGAUCACCAGGUUAUUAAAUCUGUAACAGUACCAGGCUUUUUUUAACCCAAGCUGGUUUUGCUUUUUACACAUCCAGACAUUGCUGUAUCUCUUGUUUGCGGUCAGUUCCUCAAAGCCCUUAUUGGACAUGGACUCCAGCAUGAUUUUUGCUGGAGCAUGAAAAGGUCUUCACAAUAAGAUACUUCAUAGGUAGAGAUACAUAUCAAGGGUCAGAACUUCCUCUAGCCAAACUCAGUGGAUCAAAUCCCAAAGUAUGAAUAUGCACGUAAAAAAUGAAAGCAAAACCACACAAUAAGCAAUGCAAUAAAAGCAAAAAUGGUGUGCCAGUUGCAAAGCGGACCUAGAGGAAGAUGGUGUGUUAGAUCCAUCAGAUCACACCUCCAUGGCAUCCGUCUGUCCAUCCCUGGAGGAUGAAGAUGGACUGCAAUGGUAUUUGUUUUCUUCCUUCGUUCAGUCCUUUAUUUCUACAUAUUGUUGUCUUAGAAGAAAUGAGCUAGGAACUAAUCUUGAACUUUGCAAGUACAGAAUACAAUCAGAUUAAGUGUAAUUAGGAAUUUUGGGUGAAACCACUCCUUGUGCAGCAGCACUCCUGUGCAGCCCAGUUGUGUAACACUGGUUGUGGUUGAUUUACCUGGAGGGUAAAUCAGGAGCUGUCAGCACCAGCUCCCCAUCUGUCCUGCUCCUGUACGACGGGGGUUCAUGGCACCACAGUUUGUGAGGUGGUGUACUAUGGCAUUUUUUUAUAUGUAAAACACUAGAGAUGUUAUUUUUGUAGUAAAAUUUUCUAGCCAUUUGAACAUAUGUAAUGUCCUGUCCUUGCUACUGGAACGUUGCAGAGUUGAGACCUUUCUGGGAACACUGGAAAACAUUGUGCCUUGUCCGUUUUCUUGCUGGUCUUGGAUGGCUUGGGCAUGUCCAUGGAAGCUGGGUUGCUCUCCAGGAACUACAGCAAAUGGAGUGGGCACAUGUCUUGUCUGGCUAUCGGUUAAGUCCUCAGCCUGGAGCGGUGCUGGGGAGAUGAAUGUUCACCAGGCAGAUCUGACCACUCUGAUUCUCGCCAUGGUUUUGUAAGGAUGCUGGUUUUGGCUUCAUGGAUGGCUCCCACCACCUUCCAGCUGCGUGGUCAUGCAGCUCCUCACCAGGAGGAGCUUCUCCCCAAGCUUGGACCAGUCCUUGUCCUCGCCUUGCCCCUCUCUCCUGUUCCCAGGGCUGGCAGCAGGCAGGGUGCUGGCAGCCCUCAGAGGUAGCAGCUAAAUCCUGGGGUAGGAGGGGACCGCUGCUCCUCUCUGCCUGAUGCUGUGCAACGGGCAGUUUGGAAGGGCAGAAGGUGAAUGACGCCUCAGAAGGAGGGAGCCUGCAGGUGUCACUGGUUCCCAGGGCUUAAAAUGGCAUUUGUUGUAGAGCACAGUGGCUGUUACAAGCUCUGAUUCAUUUGUGUAUUGAGUAUAUAUGAGUGUGUGCCCAAGAUUUAUGUUCUGUACUUUUUUUUAGACAUAAAAGUAAUAAAGUCUUUAUGUUAAAAA